AUGACAUUCUUCUUAUUAUCAUCUUGUCAUUCUCAUGCAACUUUUCUAACAAGAUCAUUAAUAUUUCUAUCGUUUUCUCAAAGAUUGACUCAUUAUAAUAUGACAAAUUCGAAUGCUUAUUUGCCUCUGCAUGCUUUGCGUAAAGUCGACAUAUAUUCAAUGCUUAGUGUCGCCUUUCCAUCGUCAGAUCAGUAUGAAACUGAAAGAAAAUAUGAUUAUCAUCAUAGUCGUCGAACAAUGCUCUAUUUUUUAAAAUUAAUUUAUGACAAACCAAAUAAUCAAGCAGUAAUCGAUCUAAUAAACAAAUGUUCUCGACGCGUCGAUCUUAAACGUAUUACUAAUGAUUACAUGACUCUUAAAAAGAUAAAUGAACCUUAUCGAGAACAACAUCAUUCUGCGGGAUCCGACGACUAUUGGGAAUUAAAAUCAUUAAAAAGACCAGGUCCACUGAAAUCACUAGAAUAUAUAUCGAAAUAUCGUGAAAAGGGUUUCAAUGACAAUGAACUUAAAAUAUAUUGGAAUUAUGAUGAAAUAAAACGUUUAAAUGAAGAUGAUUAUUUUAACCCAAUAGCAGAUCAGGAUUCUCACGAUGCUCUACAACAAUCACCUGUUAAAACACGUAAAAAUCCUGGAAAAAUACAGUUUAUUCAAUCUGGUAUUGAACAAGCUGUUUUUCAAGUUCCACCAGGUAAACAAGUUAUUGUUCUUGAUUUUGCCGAUGAACGUAUGCCAGGCGGCUAUUUUCUCGAGAAUGCUCGCACACAAGAAGAAGUUAUACUUUACAAUUCUGAUGGUUAUCGUGGAUUAUUAGAUUUAAAAUAUAAACUAAUGGAUGGAGGCUAUAUAUUACCUGAAUAUGGUGUAGCUUAUAUAAAAAAAGUAGUUUUCUUUCAAAAAUCAAAUCCAAAUGAACGUGAAACGGAUUUGAUAGUCGCUGCUUGUUAUGAUUUAUCCGGUAUGGGUGAAGGUUUAUAUAAACCGCCAUCACGUGAAAAAUAUCAAGAAUUAUAUGAUCAUACAUAUCAAAAAUUUCAAGCUAUCAUAGCAUCAGCUGUUGCUAAUACACAUGGAAACGGUCAAGAUACAUAUUUAUUAUUAGGACCUAUUGGAACUGGUGCAUUUGCAAAUGAUAUGAAAAUGGUUGCCGGUAUAUUUUCAAAAAUAUUAAAUGCACAGUUAAUGGAUUCUGAGCAAGCUAUACGAUACGCAUUUGACCAGAUUUGGUUUGUAUCUAUUGAUAAUCUCGAAAGCUUCAAGAAACAUGUACAAGAUGAAACAUAA